AUGGCGUCUCUGUGCCUCUCUCUCCACCAAACCCUAAAUCCCCUCGCGGCUCCGAGAGCAAGACCACUCGCUCUCUCCUUCCCCAGAUCCACUGUCUCGAUCCGCCCCUCACCCAAACGCGCAGCCUCCGUGACAACCCGCGCAUCCUACACCCCAACGCCGGCGACGGAGCGCGUGAUCUCAAUCGCAUCGUACGCGCUUCCUUUCUUCAAUUCGCUCCAGUACGGGCGAUUCCUCUUCGCGCAGUACCCUCGGCUUGCGUUGCUGGUCGAGCCCAUCUUCCCAAUCCUGAACCUAUACAGAUCGGUGCCGUACGCGAGCUUCGUGGCGUUCUUCGGGCUCUACCUGGGAGUGGUUAGGAACACGAGUUUCAGCAGGUACGUGAGGUUCAACGCGAUGCAGGCUGUGACGCUUGAUGUGCUGCUUGCGGUUCCGGUUUUGCUUACACGGAUACUGGAUCCGGGUCAAGGAGGUGGGUUUGGUAUGAAGGCUAUGAUGUGGGGACACACUGGUGUGUUUGUGUUCAGCUUCAUGUGUUUUGUCUAUGGAGUCGUGAGUUGCAUAGUCGGUAAAACGCCAUACAUCCCCUUUGUCGCCGAUGCCGCCGGUAGACAACUCUGA